AUGACGUCCGGCGCGCGCGCGCGCGUGGGCGCGGGCGCGAGCGCGAGCGGUGGUCGAACGAGAACGCGGGCGUGCAACCGUCGGAAGACGGUUAGAAUUCGAUCGGUGUCGAACGACGACGACGGGCGAACGCGACGGGACGUGCUCGCGGCGGUCGCGCUCGCGCCGUUGAUGACGCUCGCGUCGCCGGCGAUCGCUCGCGGUGGGACGCCGACGGUGGAGGAACGGUUCGCGGCGACGCGCGGCGACGUGCGAAAAUUGAUGGCGGAGGAUCCGGAUUUCGGGCCGACGAUGGUGCGGCUCGCCUGGCACAGCUCUGGCACGUACGAUCGAAUGUCUAGGACGGGCGGGAGCGGUGGUGGGACGAUUCGAUUCCGCGAGGAGCUCGCGCACGGCGGGAACGCCGGACUGGAAGCGGCGAUUCGUAAGCUCGAACCGAUUCACGAGCGACGCGACGGCAUCUCGUGGGCGGAUCUCAUCGCCUUCGUCGGCGUCGUCGCGAUCGAGGAGAUGGGCGGACCGAAGCUCAAAUUUUCGUACGGUCGCGUUGACGAGAUGGAUCCAGGUGCGGUGACGCCCGACGGACGAUUGCCAGACGCCGAUAAGGGCGAUGGUCCUGGACCGAAAACGAGACAAGGCUUGCGCGAUGUCUUUUAUCGCAUGGGCUUCAACGAUCGUGAGAUCGUUGCGCUUUCUGGUGCGCACGCCUUAGGGCGUUGCCACGCUAAUGCGUCCGGAUACGAAGGCCCUUGGUCGGGCACCCCUUUGCUCUUCAAUAAUUCGUAUUUCGUAUUGCUGAAAGGCCUGAAAUGGGAACCUGACGACACGAAGGCAAAGUUCCAAUACACCGACCCAAGCGGACAGUUGAUGAUGCUUCCGUCGGAUAUCGCGUUGAUCGAGGACGAGAAGUUCAAGCCCUACGUCCUCGAAUACGCGAAGAGUCAGACCAAGUUCUUUGAAGAUUUCGCGGCGGCGUUUGAAAAGCUUGAAACUCUCGGCACGAGUGGUCUCACACCGCUAAACGCAUAA